AAGAAUAAAGUGGGAUCCAAAAAGUCAGCGUGAAACAUGUGAUACGAUAUAACGACACGGUCCUAUGACUAAGUCCACUCCAAUCCGGUGACGUAAACAGCAUCACUCAUAGCUUCUUGUGACGCAGAUCCUUACGUAACCAUCGUUGACGCUAGACUUUUCUCUCUGUCUCUCUUUCUUCAUUUCUAUACUAUAUAUAACAGAACCUUCCAUUUCCUAAUUGGUAUCUAUCUUUAAAACAUACUUGAAAAUGCAAGGAACGAUUUCUUGUGCAAGAAACUAUAACAUGACCACCGUCGGGGAAUCUCUGCGGCCGCUACCGCUUAAAACUCAAGGAAACGGCGAGAGCGUUCGGAUGGUGGUGGAGGAGAACGCGGUGAUCGUGAUUGGACGGAGAGGAUGUUGCAUGUGUCACGUGGUGAGGAGGCUGCUUCUUGGACUUGGAGUGAAUCCGGCGGUUCUUGAGAUUGAAGAGGAGAGGGAAGAGGAAGUCUUGCGUGAGUUGGAGAGGAUUGGCGGCGGAGACACGGUGAAGUUACCGGCGGUUUAUGUAGGAGGGAGGUUGUUUGGAGGAUUAGAUAGGGUUAUGGCCACUCAUAUCUCCGUAUUCAAUAAAGAGAACGAAUCAAGAUUCUCUAAAGCUCAAGCAUGUUUACGAUUGAAUUAGGCUGAGUUGAAACAACAAAGAAUACAUUCAGGAGGACAAUGAAGAAAAGCUAGAAGGUCUUUUAGCAAAAAAAAAAAGAAAAAAAAAAUGCUAGAAGGUAUCAACAGUACUGAUGUAUUUGCAACGAGAUUAAUUGUAAAAUAGUGAUUAAUAUAUUUCAUUCUAA